AUGUUGCCUCGAAACAAGGACCAGGUGCUGCUACAAAACGAAGUGCCCUCGGGGCGCCCCCCUCAGGGCUUCUCACAACUUGUGGACUCCACCUCCCCCAACCUACAUCCUCUCUUUCCCCAGCAGCCACCCCCUCUCUCCCACUCACCUUUCUCCUCUUCUGCUCAAGCCCAUCUCCCUUUCCCCCCUACUCCACUCUUCUCUCCUGACUUCCAAUUUUAUUCAUCUGACUCCAAUUCUGACUUUGCUACACAUCCUUGUUUUUCCUCUCUCCCAAGUUCCCCCACUUUCUUUCACCAGAACUUCCUCUCUCGUUCCCUUCAACGUGCCUACUCACCCCUCAACCCCAAGGGGCAGCCUUCUCCUCCUGUCACGCUCUCCUCUUCUCCCUCCCAGCCUCAGAAUUCCUCCCUCCCCUACUCACCUUGCCAAUCCCCUUCCCACCCUGAAGACCUACCUAGCUCCACGCUCACUUCUCCAAGCCCCAGCCCACCUUCUGGUAGGGUCCACUCUAACAAGCAGACGUGGGACUGGCAUCAGUACGGGGACACCAGGUCCCCUGGGGUGGAGGGGGUAUGUGUGGCAAGCGAGAAGGAUCCUGCAGAGUUCAGGGACCCAGGGGCCCUGGCUCAGGCUCUGGUGGUCCAUCUGGGGCACCGCCGAAUCGCACACGACCUGCGGCUACUGCUUUUGCAGCGCCUAUGGCUAGGCACAACCGGCCAGGCCCCGUUCGUGGAGUACCCUGUAUGCCUGGUGUGUCUUCGGCCUCGCACCCCCUCUUGCCCCGCCCCCAGGUACAGGACUGGACCCCGGCUGAUUGCCUUCCCCCAACUACUGCCCUGUGCACAGGGCCAGGAAUCUGGGCCACUCCGCAUGGGCAUCGGCUUCGGCCUCCGCCUGCCUCAGGGCCAGGCCAGGGCCCUGCAUCUGUUGCCAGAAAGAAGACAGGCGGAACUAAGGCCUCAGGGAGAGGAUACUCAGGCCCAUCGAUAUCAAUCGAGGAUGUCUUCAGCUCCAGCAGCUCCAGCCCCAGCUCAGCCCAGGGCAGAUCCAGCCCUAGGCACACUGUCCCAGACCGGGAGCCUCAGGUCUGCAGGUCCUCGAUCACCAAAUUCCACACCGUGUUCCAGACCUCAACCACAGGCAUCAAAACAGGCCACUGCCUUCCUGAAGCCCAGGCCUUCCCCUGCCCCAAAGAGGGCUGCUUCUCCAGAGCUCAUUCUCCAAAAGUCACUAUCCUAG